AUGAGCGGAUCCAUGUCGGCCCGCUCACUCCAUGAGAGCUCGCCGCUUGGCACAACGUCGACGCGUCGGCCUGGCCGACGCCUAAGCACAUUUUCGGCACGCUCCGUGUCCUCAUCGACCUCUACACACGCCACGCCAACCCGCGAGCGCUCCUCGGCAGCGUCGAGCGCUCGUCGAGCUCGUAAUGGCGGGAACAGCCACACCGGCGAGUACGCGAUGCCGGCGGCGCAGACGCCGUCGAAUGCCAUGAAGGUGUACAUCCGCGUCCGCCCCUUCAGCGAGCGUGAAAUUGCGCAGAAGGUGACGCCGCACAGCACUGUGCGCAUCGAUGCACAGAACCCCUCGCAGCUGACCAUCUUGGAUCCCUCGCGCGGCUUUCGUCCCCUCACCACGCACCCCUUUACGCGCUGUUUUUGGUCCGUCUUUGAAAAGGGUGAGGGGCAGCUGCUCAACAAGGUGGACACGUUCCUCAGCGGUGGCAUGAACUCUGCUCCUCGCUCUCGCGCGCAGGCGCUCGUCGCAGGGCAGCCGGUGCUCGGUUCCGUUCGCCGCGGCGCCCGCGCAACACUCGACGGGGAUGCGGCUCCACCCGCUACUCAGACGUACGACGGCGCCGGCUCGGCACCAGUGAUGGUCGACGCCAAUGUCAGCCACCCUCCGUAUGCGGGGCAGGAUCAGGUGUACGCGCACGUCGGCAAGCCCAUCGUGGGCAACACCCUCGACGGAUACAAUGGGUGCGUGUUCGCCUACGGGCAGACGGGCAGCGGCAAGACCUUCACGAUGCUCGGCUACGCGCCGAGCACGAGCGACAUUCGCGCUCGAAAAGGCUCCUUCGUCAGCGCGGCGAGCACGGAGAACAGCACCCCUCUUGACGGCGCGGUAGAGCCGUUUGAGAGUGAUGACGGCGACGACGUGGUGGACAAGACGGGACUAGACCCGAACGAGCUGCAAGGCAUCAUCCCGCGCGCGUGCAUGGACCUGUUCGACGGCCUCCGUGCGAAGCGCGCCAAGGACUCCGACUUCACGUACCGCGUGGAGGUGUCGUACUACGAGAUCUACAACGAGAAGGUGUUCGACCUUAUCCGGCCGCAGCGCAACACGGACCUGAGAAUUCGUAACUCGCCCAACUCCGGCCCGUUCAUCGAAGGGCUGACGUGGAAGAUGGUGUCCAGGGAAGAGGACGUCGCCCGCGUGAUUCGCAAGGGCAUGCAGGAGCGCCACACGGCUGCGACGAAGUUCAACGACCGCAGCAGCCGCAGCCACGCCAUCCUGACCUUCAACAUUGUGCAGCUGUCGAUGGACGACUCCGACAACGCGUUCCAGAUGCGCAGCAAGCUGAACCUGGUGGACCUUGCGGGGUCUGAGCGCACCGGCGCCGCUGGAGCCGAGGGCGAUGAGUUCCACGACGGGGUGAAGAUCAACCAGUCGCUCACGGUGCUGGGCCGCGUGAUUGACCGUCUGGCGGACCUGUCGCAGAACAAGGGGGGCGGCCUUAGCAUUCCGUACCGCGACUCGAACCUGACGUGGGUGCUGAGCGACUCGAUUGGCGGCAACAGCCAGACCUCGAUGGUGGCCACCAUCUCGCCGCACUCGAUCAACUUCGACGAGAUGCGCCAGACCAUUCGCUACGCGUCACGAGCAAAGAACAUCAUCAACUGGGUAAAGAAAAAUGAGGAUCCGCAGGUCGUGCAGCUUCGCGAGCUGCGCGCGCAGGUGGCGGACCUGGAGCUGCGGCUGAAGGAGGCGGGUGGCAGCAACUACACGAACGAGUAUGUGCGUGGAUUAGAGAAGAAGCUUCACCUGGCGGAAAAAAAGUGUGAUGAGCAGGAGCGCAUCAUAGCGGGACUGCGGGCACAGCUGGAGUUUGCUGGUGUCGCUGAUCCGACUCUCGCCGAGGGGUAUCUGGACCCGACGACGCGCGCCAAGGAGGAUCAGCAACGAGCGAAAAAGGAGGAGAACCUGCGCAAACAGCUGGACAAGGCGCAGAUGACGGUUGCUGAGUUAAAGGCUGAGCUCGAGCGCCGCGUUGCGACGAUCGAGUCGGAGUCUCUCAAGGCGAUGAGGGAAGCCCUGCAGAAGCAGGAGGCUCGACUGGCUGUCGUCGCCACCGGAGUGAGCCUCUACCACCGAGUGCUCCCUCACUUUGACGACAUAGACAUCGUUAUGGCGCUUGUGAGGGAGAAGGAGACACUUCUCCAGCGCGCCUGCGAAGACAUCCUAGAUACCAACACUGAGUCGGCUGCCGCUGUGGAGAAGAUGCUAAGAGAGCGCGAGCACGACUUGCGCGAGACGAAGCGGCUUCACGAAGAGAAACUGGCAGCGCAGGCGGAGCGGUUCUGCACGCGGCUGAAGGAAGCGUCCGACGAGAACGCAGCGCAGCAGCAGCAACUUCUUGAUCGCCACCGUGACGCUAUCGCGCAGCUGGAGGAGCGCCUGCAACGCAGCCGCGAGAUUAGUGAAAUAGAGCUCAAGCGUAGCGAGGAGGCAAAGGAGCAGUUGAAGCAGCGGAUGCAGGUCGCACAGGAGCGAAUGCGCCACGAGUAUCAGCAGGAGAUCGAGCGCUUGCGGGCCAGACUAGAUGGCGACAUCGGAGACCGUCACAAGUCUGUUGACGCGCUGCGCCAGCUUCAGGAAAUGCAUGAGCGUGAGGCGACACGCUUGAAGGACGAGAUGGAUCACCUGAGGCGCAGCAGGGAUAGCGACUGCGCUCGCCUGCAGAAUCAACUGGAGAACGAGCGUUUGCGCCGCGAAUCGGACCUGAUGGAGAAAGAUCGCCAGGCAAGACUCGUUCGCAACGAGGUCGAUGAUGCGAAGCGCGCAAUCGACAAGCUGAACGACGAGAAGGGUAAGAUGGAGAAGGAGUACCAAGACCAGAUCCGCGGCUUGAUGCAGCAACAGGAGCAGCUCGUUACUGCGAGUAACGCCGUUCUCUCCGGCUGGGAAAACAAGUCCUCAGAGCUUGAGGCGGAUCUGCACAAGCUGCGCGCGCUGCUCUACGACAGAGACUACAUGCACUUCCGGCAGAAGAUCCGAGAAAUGGCCUUCAUGGACCGCUCCGACUUUGAUCAGAAGCUGCAGGAGCUGGACGAGAAGGAGCGGCUGCAGGCGGCGCGCAUUAACCAGAUUAUAUCCAAGGCGCGCCGUGCCUAUGAUGAGCAGAGCCGUAGCCUGAAGCGAUUCGAGCGGGACAUCAAGGAUCGCAUCGACCGUGCCAAGGCAACUGACGGUAGCAAUAACAGCACGCCACGACCGGAGGGCACACCCCCUCCUCAUAACCACAUUGUCCCCAUGUAA